UACGGCACUGUACUGUAUGCAACCAUAUACGCAUACGGUACCAACUCGUAUAAUCCAUGAAUAUAAUCUGUGAUCAUCCCAACAACACAACGCGAUAAAUAAACAUUGAGUAAAUGCAAUAAUAGUUAUCAAAAUCAAAUGUUUAACUAAUUGUUUAAACACUGAUGGAGGUGUUAAUCAGAUGUCGAUUAUGUGGCAGUCUCGGCACUGAGGAUGGAUUGUUGCUUCCAAUAUCCGAAGACUUGAGCACUAAGAUAAUAACACUGUUUCAAUUACAUAUUGGCGAUGCCGACGAUAGAUUAUCAUGCUGUGUGUGCGAUUGUUGUUCACAAACGGUGAAUUCAACGUGGUUGUUCUAUCAGAGGAUACAAAAGGUCCAACAAGAGUUGCAUGAUGCACUGACUGCCUCAGAGAAUCUCACAGUUUCUACUUGUUCACAAACAGAUCUCAUAGUUCCAUCCAGGAGCAUUCUUGUUGGUGUAGACAAUGAAGACUGCCUUAAUCUUAAAGAGAUUGAAAGGAAGCAUAGCCAAGUUGAAGAGAGUGAUAAUGCAAAAGUAAAAGAAGAUGCAUUGGAGGCAUUGUCCGGGGCAAGUGAUUGUGACUUGAAUGAUGAUGGUAGUAUUAUUAUGCAGAGGAAUAUACAAGGCUGGGAGGGUUACCCAUGGGCUUGUUUUGAGUGUGGUGCAAGUGUAUUGAAUUAUGAUGAGCUUAGAGAACACUAUGCACAACAUCAUGGGAAUAGUAUUAGAUUUGUUUGUGCAGACUGCCCAAAAGUCUACACAAAAUACACAAUGUUCCUCUCACACAUACGUGUCCAUCGGCCAUAUUUGAAAUUCUGCUGUGAUGUAUGCAACAAAUGGUUUCCCAACGCCAAGCAACAGGAAAAACACCGCUCGGAUCACGGCGAUGACCGCCCGCACGCAUGCAUCACCUGCGGCAAACGCUUCCGCAUGCAAUCCGCCUUAUUAGUCCACUCUCGAUCUCAUCUGCCCGUUGAAUUGAAAAAUCGCCAUCAGUGCGACCAAUGUCCGAAACGUUUCGGCACCAAACCGAAUCUCUUAGCACACCAACGCAUCCACGCCGGCGUACGAGACUACACAUGCGAUCAAUGCGGCAAAAGUUUCGUCCAGAAAGGCAAUCUUGACAAUCACCUGCUCACGCACACAGCAGCACGUCCUUAUUCAUGCUCCACGUGCGGGAAAACUUUCAAAACACUCGUACGCCUCAAAAAGCACGGCAGUGUUCAUUCCGGAUUGAAACCCUAUCAAUGCGACGUGUGUGGAAGGCAGUUCAGGGAGCGAGGUACGCUCAAGGAACACCAUCGGAUACACACGGGUGCAAUGCCGUUCAAAUGCGAGUUUUGUGGGAAAAGCUUUCGUUUCAAAGGGGUACUGACCACGCAUCGAAGGCAACAUACUGGGGAACGGCCGUACUCGUGUCUGGAGUGUCAGCAUCAUUUUACAAACUGGCCGAAUUAUAAUAAGCACAUGAAGAGGCGGCAUGGUAUUAAUACGAGUGUUACUGUUAGGAAACCGCAGAGUAUUCCGCCGACGGGGAUGCCGCAACGAAAUCCGCCGGGAUCUAUACUUGCCCCGCCGCAAUUGCCCGAGACAACUCAUUAUAUUACGGAGAAUCAUCAACAGUUUUAUCCGGUUUUGAAUUUGUACAAUUUACAGGAUGACACGACGACUGAGACUGGCAUAGCUCUUUGCUAGACAUUCAUUUUCUAUUUAUGUGAUUUUAAAUCGUAUUUAGUAGCAUCACACAAUUUUAGUACAAAAUAAUGCAAUAAACGCAUUCUAUGAUGA